ACGUCUAUACACUUGUACUUUUGUAGUUUGUAGUUUAGAUUCAUGAAAAAUAGGGAAAUUUGUUUGAUUUGGUUGAACAUGGAGGAUACGUAUGGCCAAACACAGUAGAAGUUAUAGGCCCUUAGUAGCAAUCGUUAGGCAGGUUUAUGCCGGUGUUUGAACGGGACUUGGCGGUUUUGGAAACUCGUGUGGGGCAGAGAGAAAUGGAAUGAAAGGUUUGAGCUACCAUGCCUCACACUCGUGAACUAGAAAUUCGUUACUUCCAUCGCGGCCGCUCUUUCAGGCCGUCCAAACCUCUUCAUUUCCUGCCACCAAUCAAGCUCACAACAGGAGCUGAGCAGCACACAUCCACCCCCCAUGAGACGGUCUGGCAGAGGGCCGCUACGAGAGGCCGUGGACGAGAGAAAAGACACUCGCGUUAUAGGAAGAUGGUGACGACUAUUGCGAGUUACCUGACCCUUGGAAAUGUUGCUGACAUGAAGUUUUUAUGCAAAGAUCAUGUCAGACCACCUCAAAUCGUCGACGAUGUAACAAACGCACGCCAUCUACUCGCUCUUCUUGAGAAUCAACGGCUGUUAGCUGAGAACAGUUUGUACUUCUUACAAACCCUGCUCUAUUACAUCGCCAGACCCGACCUGUACCAAGUCGUGUUAGAUUUCAGAGCUGAUAGACAGGACGAUUAUAGGAAUAGGGGAGUCAAAAUCAAGGAUGAGUAUCAAGUCGAGUUGGAUGAGGACAGUCAGCGUUUGGAGCUUGCGAACGAGCUCCUAAAAUUCCGCAAGGACCUGAAACCUCGAAAGCGCCUUAACCAAGUUGACGUGACCGAGAUGAGACGCAAACUGAACGAUCUUAGCAACAAGAUGCAGGAGAACAUAAUCACAAUGCAGCGCCCAAACGCGCCCAAGGAGGCUCUUAAAGAGUCACCCGAAGUAGACAUCCACGAGGGGGACUUAAUGGAGAACGGUUUUAAAUCUGAGGAGGAACCAACUGCAGACAACCUGCCAUUGGUAAGGAAUUCAACACCACAACAAUUAGUUGCCCAAGAACCAUCCCCUGCGGAACCCUUUCAAGAGUCACAGUCAAACAACCAGGUCGUGGCUGGGGGAGGUCCUCAAUCAGAACGGGUCAUAGAAUGUAAGGAAAGUCCCGAACUCAAAGUUCAAGAUGGGAACACCUUGCCGAAAAUCGUUCAAACGGGGGUUGUUACAUCUGCAAAUCAAGAAGCACCCAAAAUUCCGGAUAAUGAAAGAAAAAGGGACAACAUUCCUACCAAAGAGAGCAUUGAAGACUAUUAUCUAACCAAAGACGAGUUCGAAAUCCAGGCGGAAGACUUCGGGUACGUCACCCCCUGCCCGCCGCCACGAGAAACGGUGCUUGGGAUCAGCGGGACCAAACUUUACGACGAUGUUGCCAUCGCGAGCCAAAAUUCCGUCAAACAUCGCGGGGUGAAAAAUGCAUACAAGCCCCUCUCUUCGAACGACCGGACGGCAAGUAAACUCCACCAACUCCGCCGUCUGUCCACCAGAGAGCAAAGGGGAAGCCCCAGGCGAGGGGUACAACGCCAGAGAAAAGGAAAUCAGACCCGGAAGGCCAAAAACCCCGGAACUAGUGACAAUGAAGAGACAAAAGAAACUUCUUCAAAGACAAAGGAGGAUUUAAAGUUGCCAGAUAUAUAUGACAAAUACGCAAGACAGACAAAUGUCCAGCAUGUUAGUUGAUUGCAAUUUUGCCAUAAGAUUAAAGUCAUCUGGAAGUAGAUUUUUUUUUUCAAACAUAAGAGUAUAU